CACGAAUAUUAAAAAAAAUAACAAUUUUAGCUUUUAAAAUGUGUAUACAUAUGUUCGUAGUUUAAUUUAACUAAAACCGAAAGCCGUCACUUGCAGUUUCAACAGUAUUAAAAAAAGGUUUAAACGAUGGCGAAACCUGUCGAGGAAAUAAUAGUAGAGGGAAAAAAUAUAAGUGAUUACCAAUGGCCAGCCGUACAGAAGCUUAUUAUUGAAUUGACUGAAGCGCUAUUAUUGGAGAGGGGGGAAAGAACCAAAUCUCGAAAAGAAUGCGAUGUGAUUCGUACUUUUUGGCAGAAUACAGAGAAGGAUUACGAAGAGGCGAAAGCCCUGGUGAUGAAGAAGUAUUUAGAAGUAAGCGUCGUCUGGGAUAAACACAAAGAGCCUUACCACGAAAAAGAGCAGGAGAUAACAUUUCAAAAAUUCAUAUUGGACUUCGAUGCGGAUUAUCAAGAUAAGGAAAAUCAGAAACGAAUUGAACAGGUGGUCAGUAAAUGGGAUAAGGAAAUACUACCUAAAAUGAUGGAAGCGAAAACACAAGAACUCAUGAGAGCAGACAAAAAACAGGACGAAUUGAAUAAAGAAUACAAAGAGGCUCAAAAAGAAUACGAGAAGUUGAUAGAAGAGGCGGUGAAAAAAGCGGAUGAUAAAAUGCUCGAUUGGCAAGUGCUCUUGUACCAGAGAACUUUGGUAAGGAAGCGAUAUCAAGAUCUUCAAUUUCUACUGGAAAAGUUUUUCUGUUGCGAACAGAAGAAUUUGCUCAUUCAUGAUCUAAAAGCUGCACAUAAAGUCAAUUUCGAGAAGAUCAGAUCCUUUAUAAGAGAGCGCGUUGAAGGCGACUUACUCCAGAUUAUAUCACUUAGCCAGAAUAUUGCAAAACAGAAUGAAGAGUUUCAAAGCACUAGUAAAGACAUAAAUGUUUAUAAAGAAAUGGUUAAAGCGAAACAGAGUGAACUGGAUGAGCUUAACAAAAGUGUCAAAAUAAGCGAAUUAAGGCUUAAUUCGUUCAAACAGAAUGUUGACGUAGCGACCAGAUGUUUCAACAAAAUGGAAAAAUUGAAUAAAGAAAAAGAAAUUUACGAAAAACGAAAAAAAGAGUUGGAAGAAGAAGUAAAACGAAGGCAGAAGGAGAAACAUUUCUAUCUAAAUAUGCUUCAGAAUCUUAAGAUCGACGUAAAAAAUCUGCAGGAACAAUAUUUAGGAGAUAUUUUCGAUGAAGUAAUGGAUACUCAUAUCAGGAACCUAAAAGAGUUCGACAAUUUGUUCGAACAGUACGAAAAUAAACAUCCUGAGUCUGCGCGAAUGGCGAAGGAACAGUUAGUGCUGGAGAGGUCCGAACUGGAGAAGUUACCCCUGCUGAUAACGAAGGAGAUCAAAGGACACAACGACUUCAUCGAGUCGACGAUGGAAAAACUGAAGGAGAUGGGAAUGCAACGGGUACCUCAGUUCGUCCACGUCAGCUCCGAAUCUUACCCGACCGCCACAGGACCUGCAGGUCUUACCUGUAUUUAGGAGAGGAGCAGAAUUUGAAAAAUAAAUAUUUUUGAAAAAU